AUGGUUGACGGAAGUAAGUUACAAGUCUACGGCGAAGAAGAGCUUCUCCUACAGAUGGGUCCUCUUCGCUGGAAACCGACCCUACCCGUCACCAACAUCAAAGGGCUAGACUUGAUCCUUGGGAGAGACUUUCUGAAGAAGUUCAACCCCGAGAUCAACUGGGUCACCCGCACGGCGAGCAUCUACAAUCAAGACAGAAGAGUUCCACUUCCGAGUUGGAGCAACACGGGAGAUAUUCCGGAGGAGACUCUCGCACGCUUCGAGAAGGACGUGAAGCGAACCAUGACAGGGUUCGCCGCAUUGGUUACAGACGAGGAUGAAGCAGAGAAGAAAGCACCUGAGCUUCCACUUGCUAUCGAGAAACUUCUGGAGGAGUUCAAAGACGUUCUUCCUGACGACCUUCCAGACCAGUUGCCGCCAUACCGAACCCACCAGCACGAGAUCGUCGAAGAACCUGGUUCGAAACCGACCUUCCGAGCACCAUAUCGACUCAGUCCUACCGAAUUGGCUGACAUGAAGAAGCAGAUCGAGUACCUCCUGGACAAGGGACUCAUUCGACCAUCAACAUCACCAUACGGUGCACCAGUGCUCUUCACGCCAAAACCUGACGGAAGCUUACGCAUGUGCAUCGACUACCGAGCUCUCAACAAGGAGACGAUUAAAAAUAAAUCAGGAUACUGGCAGAUCCGAAUGGCGGACAAUUCAAUCCACAAGACGGCGUUUCGGACACGAUACGGAUCCUACGAGUACCUCGUCAUGCCGUUCGGUCUCACCAACGCACCCGCUACAUUCCAGGCCGAAAUGAACCAUAUUCUCAGGCCUCUACUCGACGAAUGCGUGGUGGUGUACCUGGAGGACAUCGUGAUCUACUCGAGGGACAUGAAGCAGCAUAUGGAACACCUACGACGCAUCUUCGAAAUACUUCGACGGGAGAAGUUCUAUGUCAAGCUAUCCAAGAGUGAGUUUGCCUUGAAGAAAGUUCAAUUUCUUGGACAUAUGGUGAGCGCUCAAGGAGUGCAUGUCAACCCAAAGUAG